AUGAAGGCCUCGCUCUUCGCUCUCGGCGUCCUCGCCGGGACGUCGUCGGCCAUGAUAACAUUGAACUGGGUUCAGCCACUCUGUGAUUGCGAGAAACCGGAGGAGAUCAAAUGCUUGACUGGCCAGUUUUGUACCAUAGACAACAUUUGCAAUGCCCUUGUCGUGGGCCAGUACGCCUCCAAGGUUUCUCGCUCCCACCUCGUCGACCAUCCAGCUCCGGCAAAGAGACAAAACAAGUACUCUGUCGAUGGCAAGUGCGGACCUUCGAAUGGAAACUUGCUUUGCGACCCCAAGGCUACUGCCUACACCGGUACAUGCUGCAGCUCAUAUGGCUGGUGCGGUAACACACCAGCCCACUGCGGUGAUGGUUGCCAGUCUGGCUGCAACAAGGACACUCCUGCUCCUCCUGCUCCUAAGCCUUCCACCGCUGGUACUCCAGCUGCUGCUGCUCCCCGUGACGACGGUCGCUGUGGAAAGGAUUUCGGCGGAGCCUCUUGUGACGCCAAGGGCCCCUACGGCGGCUGCUGUUCAUCAUACGGAUACUGUGGAAGCACCGAGGGCCACUGUCUGGUCUCGAACGGCUGCCAGAACGGCUGCAAAGACGGAAAUCCCGCCCCUAAGCCUGUCGACUCUCCUGCUCCUGCUGUGUCCCGCCCUCCAUCGUCCACUACUUCUGGUGAGCCCGUGCUUGGUAAGCCCACGACACCUGCUACUACACCCACGGAUGACGGCAAAGCCACAACUGAUGGCAGCUGUGGUGCUAAGUUCGGCAACACUGUCUGUGGUAACUGGGCUCAGGGCUCUUGCUGCUCGAUGUACGGAUACUGUGGUAACACCACUUCCCACUGCGGUGAAGGCUGCCAAAGCGGCCCUUGCCUCAACGGUGCCACUGUCCCUGCUCCCGGUCCUAGCCCUGCUCCUGCUGCCCCUAAGCCCGGUACCCUCGAGAUCAAGGGCAGGUCAGGUGUGCCUGCUAUGCACGCUGGACUUAUGCCGAACGGCAAGGUUGUCUUCUUGGACAAGGUCGAAAACUACACGGAAAUGAAGCUUCCCAACGGCCAGUUCGCUUACUCUUCCGAGUAUGAUCCUGUUACCCAGAAGUUGACUCCACUUGCCUACAAGACCAACGCCUUCUGCUCUGGUGGUAUCUUCCUUGCUGAUGGCCGUUUUGCUUCUCUCGGAGGUAACGCUCCUCUGGAUUUCCUCGAUCCCACUGUCGGUGAUGGUUUCCGCGGUAUUCGUUUCCUGACCCGUUCCUCUUCUGAUGCUUCUCUCGACGGAAAGGCUUGGGACGAGCCUGGCACCCAACUCGAUACUCCCCGCUGGUACGCCUCGGUCCAGAUCAUGCCUGACAACUCCAUCUUCGUUGCCUCUGGCAGCAAGAACGGUCUUGAUCCUACCAAGCCUGAGAACAACAACCCCACCUACGAGAUUCUCAAUGCCAAUGGUACUCCCCGCGGUGUCAGCAAGGAAAUGGAGAUCCUCAAGAAGAAUCAGCCUUACUACAUGUACCCAUUCAUGCAUCUCAUGAGGGAUGGUAAUGUUUUCGUUCAGGUUGCCAAGUCUGCUGAGAUCUUCAAUGUCGCUACCGGCAGUGUCGUCCGUCAAUUCGCUGAUCUUCCUGGAUCCUACCGUACCUACCCCAACACUGGUGGUUCCGUUAUGAUGCCACUGGUUAGCACCAACAACUGGCACCCUGACAUCAUCAUUUGCGGUGGUGGUCCAUACCAGGAUAUCACUGCCCCCGGUGACGCAUCCUGCGGUCGCAUUAAGCCCCUUGAUGCCAACCCCAGCUGGGAGAUGGACGCCAUGCCCGAAGGCCGUGGUAUGGUUGAGGGAACUCUUCUCCCUGACGGUACCGUUGUCUGGGUGAACGGUGCCCAAGAGGGUGCUCAAGGUUUCAAGGUUGCCCAGAACCCCGCUCUUGAAGUCCUUCUCUACGACCCCAACCAGCCCAAGAGCAAGCGCUGGACGUAG